AUGAACUCGUAUUUCUGUUAUCUGACUCUGGAUCCCAACACGGUACAUCGUCGACUCAUUCUGUCUGAGAAGAACAGAGUGGUGAAACGUAACAGGACAGGACAGCCAUACCCUGAUCAUCCAGAGAGAUUUGACUCCUGGUCUCAGGUGUUGUGUAAGGAGAGUGUGUGUGGACGCUGUUACUGGGAGGUGGAAUGGAGCGGUGUUGUGUCCAUAUCAGUCUCGUAUAAAGAGAUCAACAGGAAAGGAGAGGCUCAUGAGUGUUUGUUUGUAUACAACAGUCAGUCCUGGAGUCUGCGUUGUUCUUCUUCCUCUGUCUGUUUCCGGCACAACAACAAUAAGACUCAGCUCCAAGGUCCAGUACCCUUCAGAAUAGGAGUGUAUGUGGAUCACAGUGCAGGAACUCUGUCCUUCUACAGCAUCUCUGACACGAUGAGGCUCCUCCACAGAGUCCACACCACAUUCACUCAGCCUCUAUAUGCUGGGUUCAGGAUAUAG